GAUAUGCAAGAAUGAGGAAAGAAACGUUUAAUCAUUUAUUACAAAUGACAAAGCCUUUUUUAACUAAAUUGAGCAAAAGAGCUUUUAGUCCAGAACAACGAUUGAUCAUAACUCUGAGAUAUUUAGCAACUGGGGAUCAAAUAUUGUCUAUUGCCCUAGCUUUUAGAUGUGGAGAGUCAACAGUCCGAAAAAUUAUUCAUGAAACUUGUUCAGUAAUAGUAAAAAUAUUGCAACCAAUUUACCUUCGUCUACCAAGAGAAGAAGAAUGGAAAAAUAUUUGCACUGGUUUUCUGGAAAAUUGGAAUUUUCCUCAUUGUGUUGGAUCAUUUGAUGGGAAACACGUGGAAAUACAAGCUCCGCCAAAUUCUGGAAGCUUAUUUUUUAACUAUAAAAAGACAUUUAGUAUUGUAUUGAUGGCUGCAUGUGAUCACAGAUAUAGAUUCACAUUAGUCGAUGUAGGUUCGUAUGAUGGUAAUAGCGAUGGUGGAAUUUUUACUUCUUCUGAUAUUCAUUCGGCACUGCAAGAAGAAACAUUAAAUCUUCCUAAAGGAUUCGCAAAUCUUCCUGGAAGCAACGUUAAAUUGCCAUGCUUUUUUCUCGGAGAUAGCGGUUUUCCCAUCAGUAGUAUUAUGAUGCGACCUUACGCUGGAAAAUUACAUGAUGAAAGAAAAAAAAUAUUUAAUUACAGAUUGUCUAGAGCCAGACGUACAAUAGAAAACACUUUUGGCAUCUUAUCUUCACGGUGGAGAAUUUAUCGAAAACCGAUUAAUAUGCACCCUAAAUAUAUAGAUAAAAUUGUCAUGGCGACAAUAUGUUUACAUAAUUAUAUAAAGUUUGAGGAAGAUCUUAUGCAAACGGAGAAUAAAAUAUAUUGUCCUCCUAAUUUUAUUGAUUCGGAAGAUGCAACAGGUAACGUUAUUCCUGGAGAGUGGCGGCGAUAUACUCAAAAUGUAUUUAAAGACAUCCCUCCUACUUCAACGCAUAAUGCAACUGCAGUUGCAUAUAGACAAAGAGAUACAUUGGCUGAUUAUUUUUUAACGCCACAAGGUGAAGUUCCAUGGCAAUAUCAGUAUAUUAGAAGAGGGCUGCAUCACGAUGAUCCAUGAUAAAAUAUUCAAUAC